AUGGGUGUUUAGGAAUAAGAGAGAUAAUUUGAAGAGCAGUUCUUUUAAGACAUAAGUCACUACGAGUAUGAGGAAAAUCAAUAUAAUUAGCCAAGCUAAUAUGAUAAUUACAACAACUAAAGUGAUUAUAGAGUUUCAAGUAUAAGUAUUCCCUAAGGUUUUAAGUACCAGAUAGCUGCCUAAAAGAUUUAAAAGUAUCUUAGAGCACAACUAGCUAAAAGAAGAGUUAAGAGAUUAUUCAGGCAGCACAAUCUGCCAUUACAGAUCUCUCAACUUAAAGUUAAUUUAUAAGGUAGUUCUGAUAAAAAUAAAUAUAAGAGAUAGAAAUAUGAAUGCUAGGAAUGUUUGCAGAAAUUUUCAAAUGAAUCUAACUUACAAAAGCACGUAAACGAUAGUCAUAUGAAGCAGCUAGAUCAGAUAUAGCUUCAGCUCACAAGAAAGAAUAAAAGGAUAGAAUAGGAAAAAUACAAAUCAGCUAAAAGCAACAAACUUUCGUUAAGCCUUGUUCAUUAGCAAGCUUUGUUUAAUGCUUUCUCUCAGAAAUAGUUAACAGGCACGGCAAAUAACUUCAAUAAGAAUGGCUAAAUAUCAAAAUUUGAUUAGGACAUAAGCGUUUAGUCUUAAAGGACCAAGGUAAUGCCAGUUUCUUAGUCAACAUAAGGCUCUCAUAAUAAGUAAAGGCCCUCUAAGUUUAGUUAGAGCAUUUAGUCAUCAGACUUAAAGGAUAAUAUUCAUUCUGAGCUCUAGUCAUUUAGAGACUAUAAUCAGAUUAAAAAGAAUGUACCCUAAUUGAAAAAUAUUAAUAAGAGUAAGCAGCAGUUUCAGAGCACUAAGAAGACAUUAUAUUUCACACCUAAAAGUCAAAGACUUAAUCAGCCAAUGCUUUAUGAAUUCGAUUUAUACAUCAGAGCAGCUACUGAGAUUCAAAGACACUUCAGAGGAUUCCUAGUUCGAAAGAAAAUUUUCGGCAAUUUCAAAAGAUACAGAUAGGUAGUUGUAAAAGUUUAAAGGCUAGCAAGAAGAUUUCUUGAACUUAAAAUUUAAAAGUACUAGAAAUAUCAAGAGUUUCUAGAGAUCAAAUCUAAGAAGAUAAUAUUAGAGCUAAAAAACUUUUGCAAGAUAUAUUAGAAGUUUGACAAGCUAAGGUCAAAUCAGUCAAGUAUUCCUUUAAAAAGCAAGCAAAUGGUACUUCUAAAUCAAUCUGAAAAGUACAGAAAGUACAUUGAAAAGGGAUACAGUCAAAUAAGGCAGAAAUUUCAUCAUAGUGCUGCUGAUUCUAGUACCUAAACUGAGGAAAAUAACUUUCCCUAAUCAGUUAAAUUUCAGCAUGAUAGUCAUCAUUAACAGGAUAUGAUUGACAAGGAUUAACUGAUUUAAAGUUUGAAGUCUGAACUUGCAGUCCUUAAAAUGCUAUUAAGAGUAAAGCAUCCAGUCAAACAAUUCUUAGCUUUAGACAAAUGA